CGAAGUGAGGAGGCUGUUAAGAUGCGUCGAGCAGAUGACAACGGAUACAUUCUUAAGCUUAUGUAUUCGGGGGAGGUAUCGCUGGAUGAACAAGAUCGUGGAUGUGCUCACGGCGGAGAGUAGCGACGCAAAGCUUGGUGAUAGCAGGGUCUACGCACUAGCAAGUCCGUGGUGCAAAAAAUUCUACAUCGGUGCCACAUCACGAUCUUUCGGGGUCAGAUGGAAAGAGCACACGACAUGCGGACGCAAGAAGCGGAGGGGGCAAAAACCGAACCUGUACCGCUGGAUGCACAGGUUCGGCGCUUUCAAGUACAUUUUGCUCCCAGUGGCAAAGUUGUCUUUCGAAGACGCAAAAAGAACGGAGCCAAGGAUAAUCAAUGCCUUAUGCCCGACACUCAAUCAAGUGGGAACAAGGAGCGCGAGGGUGGAAAGACGGAGAAGGAAGAGACUCGGAAAGGAGGAGCGAGCAAGGCUGAAAAACAAGGAAAACUACGGCGGGAAAACAACGUCAUCAUUGAUCCUAUUCGACAUCGAUGGUAUGGCUCGGUCGUCUCUAGCCCAAGCACUAAGGGAGGGGACGCAAGGGAUGCGCAUGAAGACCAGAGGAGGCCAGACGUGGACCGAUAAGUGGUCUCAACUCCGUUCAAAGUAUGGAAGCACGGUCCUACGCCAAGAAGGGACAGUCUUCAAGCUAAGCGAGGCACGCAGCAAGAUAGAACCAGGGGGAGAAUUCUGGGUGGAGAAGAUCAUCCAAAUAUCAGUCGGCGUUGAGAAGAAGAGGAAAUUCCUGGCACUCAUACUGAAGCAACCAAGGCGGGCAGCCAAGCUCGCAGUACAGUCUGUGGACUAUCUGGUUGGAUUGUUCAGGACUGCAGGAACAUUCUCCAUGAAUAAGACAAGGAACGCUCUGCGUAUCAAGAUAGACCGUGCGUUUCGAAAGAAGACCGGGACAAACAUUCGUAGUCGUAUCACUGUCAAGGUGAAAUACGACAGCAUAGUCAGUCUGAAGAAAGUCAGGGAAGCACUAGCAACCGUGAUUCGGGAGAACAAUAGUUUGGGGAGGAGUGAGGCAGAUAUCCUCAUAGCCAGAUCGAGGGUAGUCUGGGAGAAGAAUAAGACAGUCGGUCAGCUGAUACAUAACCAAAGAAGCUGCCUGUUGAGGGGGUACGACCAGGUGUGCCGAUGUGAGUUUUUUCCAAACACACCGAAGAUCAACGAGCACGUUCUAUGCAGAGUCUCGGAGUUAAAGGCAACUCCAGGGUUUGUCAAGAACUCUAAGAACGUCCCUGCACCUCACCAAGACAGCUCGAGACAGGCAGACAUUACAGAAGGUAUUCGAGGAGCAGUAAACACAAGAUGGCCAAAUUGCAGUAUCAACAUGGAGAGGUUCAGCUACCUGCAGAAAGCAGAAACGAAGUCAGCAGCAAUGACAACCACGGAGGUAAGAGCAUGGGCGGCGGAGUUCUCACAACUAGUCUUCGUCCCAGUGGAUCGGAAAAACGGGGAGACUCUGUUGUUAUGUCCUACGACGUUUCUGAGAUCACUGGGGAAGGACAGAUGCUUAGUAGCUGGGAUUCGUAUGAUGGAUGACGCUAGCGUUUUCGUGGCCGAAGACCCCAAGUCAAGGGACCCAAGGGGCAAAGCAGCAGACAUCCUGGCAAGAUUUCAAGACACAUACCAUGAAGACCUCACCCUGGUCCGAAAGGACGAAGGGCAGAAUGUGUGGGAUUUCAUAGGAGGAAUGGUGAUGAUGUGCACAAACCCAACUCAAGUGCUGUUCUGGACGUCCAGCCGGAAUAUGACACAGCUCGCAAAGGAGGGAAACUUGAAGGUGCAAGGCGUACAAGAUUUCUCGUCGUAUACCCCAAAACAAGUCAAGAAGAACGCGGUCUACGGCAUGAUCAAGAGAUGCAUAGACCUUGCCACAAUGGAGAUACUAGCCAUUCCGGCUCUAUAUGCCAUCUUCCAUGAGACCCUCCUCCGGGAGUACCCCCCGGAGGUUUUCUUGGGGGGCCUGGCCAAGUUGGCCAGGCUAAAGGCCUCGAAUGGCCUUCUUGAGGUAGCACGAGUGGCAGCCGCCAUGUGGGGAGUUACCCUACAGGACGGUAGCCAUAAGCACGGAAGGGGCUGAAGAAAACGACAAAUGGAACGGCCAUAUUCAUGCAGAUGAGAACAGGACGGAUCAGGGAUCAGUCAGGCAGUCGGCAACAGCACUCUGAAAACGGGAAAGUGGGAUAUCUGGCUUAUGCCGCGCGAACCCAGUUCAGGACGGGAUCAGUCAGGCAAAGUCCAGACAACAACGGUUAGCAACUCAGGGAACAGCGAGAACUUAGCCAGCGGGUGCUGACAACCGGUGGGACGGGACAGCAACAGUAGAUAAAAAUCUAACUAUGGU